AAUAGUUUGGGAGAGAGGAAAGUAAGAGCUGAAGAGAGCGCGUUCGAAACUUUCAAACACUGAAGAAAGAAAGAAACCCUCCUCGUUCUAAACUCCCUCCCACACUUCAAUUUUCUGUUUUGCACUGUCGCUCUACUCCUGCUUUGUAGAAAAACUUUUAGCAUCAACUUAGGGUUUUGAUUCUGUUUCUACGAUUCCUUUUUACCCAUUUCAAAAAAUUUCUGAAUUUUUAGCCCUAAUUGUAUGAGUAAUUGGAGGAUAAGCGAUGGUUCGAACGGUAAAAAAGGAGAUAAUUAACGCUAGCAGUCGGGUUUCUCGAAGCCGUGCGCAGAACAUCAAUGAAGCUCAAGGUACAACAGAUGGCAGCAGAGUUGAGGACAGUGCUGUCGAGCGCAGGGUUCUUCGGUCGAAAUACCUCAGAUUUAAGAAUCGGAUUACCGAUGAGAGAGAUGAUAUAUCACAGGUUGAUUCAGAUAAGUUCAAAUCAAUGAUUGAAGAAGUGGAUAGCUUGCAUCAGCUAGUGCAAAAGCCUCGGGAACAGGUAGCAGAUGCUGAAGCCCUGUUUGACAUUACAAACACAUUGGUGACCUCUGUCAAAGCAUAUAACAAUGAAGGUGUGACCCCAUCAGAUUUUGUGAGUUGUCUUCUUAGGGAUUUUGGGCAACUAGGUGGACCAAGCAGUAGCCAAGAUGAGGCUCGGAGUUUGAUACGCUGGAAAGACAUUGGACAAGUGGUCUCUCAUGUUUUCAGGAGUUCUCCUGGUUGUUGUACGAUGGUUGGGCCUAUGAACACUGAACUCAAGCAGCGUAAGAAUGUAGUUCAUAAAAAGCGUGUGAAGCCAACAGAAAAUGCCCGCCCAGAAGAGCUUGAUGAAACUGCUAAUCAGGAAAAGACAGACACUGAUAAGAAUAUGGCCACUAUGUUUGAUAUUCUGAGGAGGAACCGCAAGGUCAAGCUUGAAAAUCUAAUAUUAAAUCGGAAAUCAUUUGCACAGACAGUGGAAAAUUUAUUUGCUCUAUCUUUUCUAAUAAAAGAUGGUCGUGCUGAGAUAUCCAUAGACGAAUCUGGAUGUCAUUUAGUUUCCCCAAGGAAUGCUCCUAGUGCCAAUGCAAUUCUAUCUGGGGAGGCCACUUACACCCAUUUCAUAUUCCGAUUCGACUUUAGUGACUGGAAGUUAAUGUUGACUUCUGUUGUGGUUGGAGAGGAACUAAUGCCGCAUAGAAUUGAGGUGAAUGAAGCACAUAAUGCUCAACCAGAUUCAGAGCCCGAAGAUCAAGCAGUAGUACCUACAACACCUAUAAGGAAAUUGUGCAGGAACCGAGGUUUGGUUAUGCAGGAACAGGCCGUAGUUGAGGAUUCUCCUGAAAGUGGUGAUGCAGCUGCCGCUAGGACUGCUGCGAUACGGAAGGGGAAAAGAAAACUAAGGUGAAACAGUGAUGUGGCUUGGAUCCUGAUGUAGAUGAACUCAUUGCUGCCCAUUCUGUUGGAUGACAUGGCUAAUGUGGUUCCUACAUGGAAAUCUAAAAUUUCCGCUAAAGAGCAUGCUAUCGACCUUUAGUUUAAAAGGCUUUCUGCUUGUUCAGGCUGUUGCCAGCUUAAGAUGAGAGGAUAAAACCGCCAUUUGUACUUUGUGAAAUUCUAGGUUUAGUGUAUUUGUAAGCCAAUCCUUCCUUUGUUGAAGAAUUAACUUGAGAGGUUAACAUCACUUAGUCUGAUUUAUUAGAGCCGAUGUAUAUAAUUUGGCAUUUAUGUUCUGUAUCUCCUGAACUUUGUCUGUA